CAACACACGUGUCGUGGAGCAACGUCAAACAGAAGCCAACAAACACAAACUUCACGUCUCGUUUAUUCUUCUCUUCUCUUGUAAACAGUGCAGUGAAAGAGUCGCACCACAAUCAACGAAUCACAGAUCCAAGUCAGAGAGAUCUGAACUUCACUCCGAUCCAUGGCGAGAAUCGACGACGAUUGCCACGCCACGCAGCUCAUCGACGGCGACGGCACCUUCAACGUCGCCGGCCUCGACACUUUCAUCAAAACCUCCAGCCUCGCCGCUUGUGGCCUCUCCUACGCCGUCGUCGCCAUCAUGGGUCCUCAAAGCAGCGGGAAGAGUACAUUGAUGAAUCAUCUUUUCCACACAAGUUUCAGGGAGAUGGAUGCUUUCAGGGGAAGAUCGCAAACGACUAAGGGCAUUUGGAUAGCCAAGUGUGUUGGAAUUGAGCCUUGCACUGUUGCUAUGGAUUUAGAGGGCACUGAUGGAAGGGAGAGGGGUGAGGAUGAUACCGCUUUUGAGAAACAGAGCGCUCUUUUUGCUUUAGCAGUAUCAGAUAUUGUUCUGAUAAACAUGUGGUGUCAUGAUAUUGGUCGAGAACAAGCAGCCAAUAAGCCUCUUUUAAAAACAGUUUUUCAGGUGAUGAUGCGUUUAUUCAGUCCCCGCAAGACAACAUUGCUUUUUGUUAUUCGUGAUAAAUCAAAGACACCGAUGGAAAAUUUGGAGCCUAUUCUGAGAGAAGAUAUUCAAAAGAUUUGGGAUGCAGUUUCAAAACCCCAAGCUCACAAAAAUACUCCUCUCAGUGAAUUUUUUAAUGUGGAGGUUACUGGAUUGUCAAGCUAUGAGGACAAGGAGGAUAAGUUUAAGGAGGAGGUUGCUCAAUUAAGGCAGCGUUUCUUCCAUUCUGUAGCGCCUGGAGGCCUUGCCGGUGAUCGGCGUGGUGUUGUGCCUGCGUCUGCUUUUUCCAUUAGUGCACAGCAAAUAUGGAACGUUAUACGAGAGAACAAGGAUCUUGAUCUUCCGGCUCAUAAGGUAAUGGUUGCAACUGUGCGUUGUGAAGAGAUAGCUGAUGAAAAAUUCAGUCAUCUACGUACUGACGAGGGUUGGUUGGAAUUGGAGGAAGCUGUUGAAUCAGGCCCCGUACGAGGUUUUGGGGAAAAGUUGAGCUCCAUUAUUGAUACCUACCUUUCUCAAUAUGAUGAGGAGGCAAUGUUCUUUGAUGAAGCUGUGAGAAAUGCAAAACGAAAGCAAUUGGAAUCAAAUGCAUUGGAUUUUGUACACCCUGCUUAUACAACAAUGUUGGGGCACCUACGUUCUAAAGCUCUAGAUGAUUUCAAGACUAAGCUGGAUCAAUCACUAAACAAUGGUGAAGGGUUCGCUUCAUCUGUUCACAGGUGGACUCAGUCUAUUAUGCUCGAGUUUGAUAAAGGAUCUGCUGACGCUGCUAUAAGACAGGCCAAUUGGGGUGCUUCAAAAGUGCGAGACAAACUUCGUCGAGAUAUUGAUUCACACGCUUCAUCUGUGCGCAGUGCAAAAUUAUCAGAGAUAAUGACUAGCUUUGAGACACAACUAGUCAAGGCAUUGGCUGAGCCUGUUGAGUCCCUCUUUGAAGCUGGGGGAAAAGACACUUGGCUUUCUAUCAGAAAACUUCUUAAACGUGAGACUGAAGCUGUUGUAUCAAAAUUUUUAACUUCCAUUGCUGGUUUUGAGCUUGAUGAAGAAACAAUUGAAAGAAUGCAACAAACCUUAAGGGACCAUGGAAGAAAAGUGGUGGAAAAUAAAGCAAGAGAAGAAGCUGGAAAGAUUCUUAUUCGCAUGAAAGAUAGGUUCUCCACAGUAUUCAAUCAUGACAGUGAUUCACUACCUAGGGUUUGGACUGGGAAGGAAGAUAUCAGAGCAAUUACAAGGGAUGCUCGCUCUGCGUCGCUGAAGCUUCUAUCAGAUCUGGCUGCUAUACGCCUGGAUGAGAAGCCAGAUCGUAUUGAAAGUGUACUUCAUUCAUCGCUCAUAGAUAAUAAAACUGUUACUGCAUCAUCUUCACAAUAUACAAGUAGAGAAGCUUCUGUGGAUCCUCUGGCUUCAAGCACGUGGGAGGAGGUUUCUCCUGGAGGUGUACUUAUCACUCCAGUGCAGUGCAAGUCUUUGUGGAGACAAUUCCAGGGUGAAACUGAGUAUACUGUCACCCAAGCUAUUUCAGCUCAGGAGGCCUACAAGCGAAGUAACAAUUGGUUGCCUCCUCCAUGGGCAAUCAUGGCAAUGGUCGUUCUUGGUUUUAAUGAGUUCAUGUUGCUUCUAAAGAAUCCUCUCUACCUGUUGGUUAUAUUUGUUGUUUAUCUAGUCGUAAAGGCCGUUUGGAUACAAAUGGACAUAGCUGGAGAGUUUCGACAUGGCGCUCUACCUGGGUUACUCUCCAUUUCAUCAAAGUUUCUUCCCACAGUCAUGAACCUUCUUAAACGUCUAGCUGAAGAAGCUCAAGGGAAUCCAGCACCUCAAGGAACACAACCACAAAGUUCAGCAACUCAGAUAUACAGAAAUCAAGUGCAAAAACCUGAUCGAGUAUCAAGUUCAAAUUCGGCUGUGUCUAGUGUUAGCUCAUCUGGAGAUGAUAGUGAAUACUCAACGACAAACUUGUCUCACAGGCAAAGAACAAACGUUACAGAAGUUGAGAAAAUUUAAGUUGAAGUUGGCAUCAGAAUAGAUUAUCCACUAGUUAGGGUGCUUACCCAGAUAAGUUUUGUAUUGUAUUUUUGCUUUCGUUUACUAUAGUGUAAAUUGAUCUGACUAUGUGAAGGACCCCUAUUUGGGUUCUACUUCAAAAUAUUAUCCGUCCUAUAGUGACUGAAUAUAGUACUGCAAACUAAUUCUCCUUUGAAUUUUAACAACUUUAAAAUGUUGAUAUUCUGAUGAA